GGAAAACGAAAUUAAAUUCAUUGCUUACUCUUGAGUCCUUCCUUGUUGAAGUAUUUGUUUAGUACUCUUAAUUGGCUCUUGAAAUUACAAUAACACUUCAGCGUUUAUUAUCUUUGUCAACUGAACCAUAAAACCGCUUGUUUGCAUAACAACACCAAUUUAAGUGCUUGAGUAUACUCUUCACCAUGGCAACACCUCAAUGAGUGGUUUAUAAUUACAGUAAACGCUCAGCUUUACAUUUACAUCAAAGUAAUUGUGAGAGGUGCUUCAAGGUUUCACACAAAAUGUCCGACGACAGGCUGUUUGCAACGAGUUACAGAUAUGAAGUGUUCAACCCGAACGCAAAGACUCUUCGAAAAGCGCUGGCACUGCAAAGAUCGCGGAUUGAGAUAGAUGAAAAGAUUGCGCACAGAACAGACGUGGAAAACAUAGUCGCAAGCGAACUAGAGAGAGCCCGAUGGUUCAGCAGUCUUGAAGAGGACAGUGAAAAGAAACGAGAAAGAAGAGAAAACGACCUAGUAAACAAUGAACUUAAGAUGGCAAAUAAGGAAUUCAUAAAGAUCCGCCGUGCGCAGCUGAGGAAAUUGUUAACAGAGGAAAAUAUCCAAUACGAAAAAGAGCUCAACGAAAAUGGAAAAGCUUUCUACAAGAAAAGAAUUUAGAGUGAAAACU